GGCUCGAUGCCGGGGCGUGCAAUGUGCUCAAUUCUUCCUUCAAGUCAGUAUUUGUUGGGCCGUUCAAGCUCUCAGGCGUUCAGGUCUCUCCAAGAGAUAUUUUUCAUAAGCAUGUAUACAAAGUUGGUCAUAGAGAUUAAGGAGAGUGGUUUUAUUAACAACGUGUGUCUCAUAUUUUCGUCGAUCGCUUUUGUGUUACAUACACCGUGUGUCCGAAAAAAACUGUAAAAACUGUACGAGAAGUGCUUUACUGAAUACCUCGUAGCUUUAAGCAGCUGCCGUCUCGGCGGGAGCCUCAAGUCAGGGCAAAAUUGUGAUAUUAGUGAUAGUGACGUAAAAUAGUAAUUAGUUAAAGAAAGUAGACGAAAAAAAAUCCGAGAACCCAUGGAUGAAUUUAAAAUCGAGUUCGACGCGACGUUAACCGACGACUAUCUCCUGUCGGACGACAUCUGGAAGCAGUUCCAAAUCGAAGAACUGCAACCGUUCUCGUCGUCGUUUGACUGCUCAACGACCUGUUCCUUCCUCUGCGAUGAGAAGAACUGUCAAGUCAAAUACGACUGCAUGUGGAACGGCCACUGCAAAGGCGCCCACGGAAAUCGAAGCUGUAAUAGUAAGACAACACCUGGCGAUGUGAAGCCACCUGUCGUGCAGGUGCCCCAGCAGAGCCUCCUCAAGCCAGACCUCAAAAUAAGCGUGGAUCCCAACACCGUGGUGCCCAUGAUGCCCUCCUUGCACUACUCGAUUCAGACGCCGCCGAUUUCCGACGAUGAGGACACUAAACCCACGCAAAUUCUGCAGAGCUUGCAAUCGGCACUCUCUGAGAACGAGUUGGACGAUGCCGAUCUGUCCGAUUAUUUCAAAGACGACGACGCCUGGGGUUUCUUCGACGAUGGUUUAGACGAGGAAGAGGAGGAGGAGGAAGAGGAAGAAGAUGAAAUCGAUGAAGAACGGAGAAAACACGAAAAUGACAUGAGGGCCUUCUACGCCGCCACCGAUCACAGCUACCACAAGGGGACGGCGCCAGUGCAUUCCGGCAGUUUGGGCAUCGACACGCCCUCUGAUUCCGAAGAAGAAGAGAUCGAUGUGGUGUCCCUCGAGAAGAAGCCCCCCGGUGGGGCCCUGCCCACCAACCCCUCGACUAAAGACCGCCGCCAGAUCCAGCGCACGAUGCAGAGCCGCUUCCCCCAGGGCCUCAAGACCAUCAUGCCGGUGCGUCAGCCCCCCAAGAAAGCCCCCCGACGAGUCAAGCAGAGCCGGCAGUACAAGCGCCGCCUGAACUACAGCAGCGACAGCGAACCCGAACCGUCGGAAAAACGCCACUUGCAUAACAACAUGGAGAGACAGCGGCGAAUCGAUUUACGGAACCUUUUCAACGAUUUGAAGAAAUUGAUUCCCGAUAUCAGCAAGAAGCAGAGAGCUGCCAAAGUGCUCAUUUUGCGGGGGGCUGCCCAAUAUUGUCGAGAUCUGCAAAGCACCCACGAGGCGCUGGCGAGGCGAACCGAGGCGCUGAAGCAACAGCAGGCCCGGUAUAGGGCGCAUUUGGCCAAGUUGCGGCGAGAUUGCGCCGCCAAACGCUAACUUAUUCGAAUAGGUAAUAGCGCAGCCCCCUUGAAGGACAGGAAACUUUGUUGCAACAUUUUCGAGGUUAGCGCAAUUUUCAAGUGACAAACGUCAACUGAACAGACUUGUCUGUCCGGCAAGGGGGCUGUGGGUAAUAUUAACUGUGAUUUAUCAACGUUGUUUUGUUUAUUACUGGCGGGGGUUUUGAUUAGUUGCCCCGCCAACUAGGGGUAGGAUGAAUUUUGUGCUUGUUAUUUUUAUUUACCCGAUUAGGAAAUAUUGUUCAUUUGCAAUAAGGCAUGCAUGUUUUCUAGUUUGUGAUGAUUUGAAUUUGUUUGUGAUACAAUGCUCUGAUCUAUUUGUAAGAAAUCGGUGUUUCAGUUUUGUUUUUCAUUUUUCCAAGAGUUGAUUUAGUCGAGCAAUAAUCACACGCAAAUUGCUCCUCGAUUGUACAUUAUUUAUUUUAAGUCUUUAUUUUAACAGUUUUUAUAUUAUUAUAUGUUAUGUUUGUCGAGGGAUAAGGAAAAUUUUUUCAAGGACAAUAUUUUUGUUUGACGGGGCCCACUAGUUUCCAGCCUCCUCUUUUUAUCGAUCAAAAUUUACGAUUCUGUGGCCAUUGAGUGCCUUCCUAAUCGAAUGACAGUGGAAUUUGUAAAAAUUGGUUAAUAGGCGAGGUUCGGUUCGGUUCACGCGCUACAUGUUUUGUGAUAGUAGAUCAUAAGUUUGUUUAGUUUCGUGGGCUCCUGUAGAAUCAAUUCACAGUGUGUAUAUUAUGUGUGUAUUUUAUAGCGGUUUUUUAUGUCAUUGAUUUGUAUAUAUUGUCCAUUUUUAGUCUUCCUGAAGCGCGUCUGCUCUGAUAGUAGUCGUAAGAUCAAGAGAAUUGUUGUGUUCAUGAUAUUUUACAGUAUUUUAUACUUUUGAUAAAUACGAAAUUAAACGCAAAAAAAUGAGAAAAAAAUAAAAGAAAACACAAAAAAAUUGCUUUGCGAUGUUCGGUUUUUACUGCCAUUUUCUGCAAAGUUCAUGUACCUGUGAUGUAAACCUCGCUGUUGACCAAAUAUAUAGUUUAAAAAGUU